CCCCCCCCCCCGCUAUCCGUCGGCGCCUUCAUAAUAUAUACAGCACUGAAGUUGCUCGCGCCAUGGCUGCCUUCGUAUCGACCGAAGUCGACGACGAUAAGCCCCACUACAACGACGUGCCCCCACCACCGCUCCAACCGCAACAGCACGCCUUCGCUCACCAACUCAGCCCGCCUCCUCCACCUCCUCCUCACAGCUACUCGUCCACGCCCACCACCACAAAUUCCGCCUCGUCCUCGUCCCAACCCCCGCGCAUCUCCCACCGCCCGUCUGGCGAUUUCCGCCACACCUCCUCGGGCAACAUGCCUGCUCAGAACCCCAACGGGUCCAUGCCCGUGCCCGCCGCCGCCGCGUCGCAUAGCCGCAUGAGCAACGGUCACGCCCAACCUUCGAACAUGCGAGACAUGGCCUUUGCCGGCCCGCGCAGUCCCCCGAACAACAAGAGCACUUCCCAUGUGCCUUGCAAAUUCUAUCGCCAAGGCGCCUGCCAGGCCGGCAAAGCCUGUCCUUUUCUGCACUCUGACGAGCCGCUGACCGAGCGCGCGCCCUGCAAAUACUUCACAAAGGGAAACUGCAAAUUCGGCCCCAAGUGCGCCCUCGCUCACAUCCUACCCAACGGCCAUGUCGUGAACCGGAACAACGGCGGCGGAGGGGGAGGUGCCGGUCCAUUCGGCCGCAUGAACAUCCCGCACCACCCCGAUCCUGCACCCAACAGCUCUCUUCUCACCAUGCAAGCUCACAUGGCGCCCAUGCAGCAGAACUAUCCUCCGUAUGCCAUGCACGACGACUUCCUGCAGAAAUCCCAUUACGACAUGAUCCCCACCAUCGAUACCACCUUCUCUUCCCACCCAGGUUCCAACUAUGGUUCCCCACCAAACGAAAAUGGUCGCACGCCCAUGUCACCUCCUCUGAAAGGCCUCACGGUCGCAGAUGUGGGCCUACCUGCGUCUUUCGAUAGUCAAGGCAUCUCUGAAAUGGCGAGGUGGGGUCCUGUUGCCUCGUCUGUCCCUACCAAGUUCCUCGCCAACUCUCCGCCUUCAUCCUUCGCUGGUGAUUCCUCAGCUCUGCGAAACUUGCACGAUUCCGCCUUUGGAAACGGAUCGCGGAGACCUGCUGCUGCCUUGGGCUCCUCGCCACCCGAUCCGACUGACCCUUAUUACGGACGUCGCAUCAUGCAUUCGGAACUCGGCGCCCCUCGGUCGCGCGGUAUGCUCUCAGCUAGCGUUGGAGCUCGUGGUCCAUUUGCGGCUAAUGACGAGUGGGACGAUUCGGAUCUUAUAGGAAAAUUCGAGGAGGACAUGCUCCCUAGCUCGCUGAACGAUUUGUUGACGCCGGAGGAGAAGUUCCGCCGGUUUUCUCGCGACCAGAACGAGAAUGACGGAAAUCUGCUCUCCCAUCGGGGAUCCAUGUCCAGGCUGGGCGCGUCGCCAACAGCGUCAGACAUGAAGAUUGGAUCGCCAUCCGGUGCAACCUCGUCGCCCUCUCGCUAUCAAUCUCUCUGGGGAAAACGACCGGGCCAGGAUGGUGCCGAGACUAACUCUGCAGCUUCGCAGUUCGGCCACGUCGGAUCUCCUCUUCGCAAUUCGUCUCUGCAUCCAAACGCCAGCCCUUCUCUGCGUGCCCUACCUCGACCUGCGCCCGGCGAUUCCAGUUCUUUCUUCGCUUCUCCUCCCCGUCAAGCUUCUAUGAGCAUGAUCAGUCAGCAGCUCCAGCGCACUCGACUCUCGUCGCGCGCUUCGGAAGAUGGCGCUUUGCCCGUCCAUAUGCCUGUACACCCCGGGAUGAACCGACUUACUUCAGCGUCGAGUGUUGGUAGCUCAACUGGCCGUAUGGGUAUUGACCGCGCCGUCAGCAGUAGCAGCAUCAACCGGGAGCGGAUCGAGGAGGAGCAGGGCUUAUUCAGCAUGGAAGAAGAGGACGACGUGAAUGGAAAGAGCAAGGACGGUGCUUCGACUACUUCGAGCACCAGCAACAAACGAUUAAGCGGCCUUUCCUGGGGCAGUGGCGGCAAAGCGAGUCCCAACCCCGCUCCCAUCGGUGCCCAGAGAGCUCCCGCCAAGUACUGA